UACUUUUUAAAUUUUUUGGCCAUUAUAUAAGCACUUUUUUACUAAUUUUGGAUGAUGAAAUAUGAAUGCACACACCUACUUCUAAGUCAAGAUUGUUUAAACUGCACAGUCACCAGGAAAUAUACCUAGCAAUUAGCAUUAUUUCAUAUAUGUAGCACAUGUUCUUUAAUAGAAUAUAUAGAUUGAACAAAGAACAAAAAAGAUCCUGCUCUGUGUUUAUAAUUGGUAGGCUGAUUAAGCUUCAUCAUCAAUUCCUUUAAUUGUUUAUUUUAUAACAUAACUUACAGAAAUUUUGUAUUCAAAUUAUUUCUUUUUGAGGUAAAUAUUCAGUCAUGGGAAUACAAGGUCUAUCUCGUCUGAUAGCUGAUGUGGCUCCAAGUGCCAUCAAAGAAAAUGAAAUAAAGAACUAUUUUGGCAGAAAAGUGGCCAUUGAUGCAUCCAUGAGCCUAUACCAAUUCCUCAUUGCUGUGAGACAAGAAGGAAAUGUUCUCACCUCAGCUGAUGGGGAAACCACAAGUCACCUCAUGGGAUUUUUUUACCGGACAAUCCGCAUGGUUGAGAAUGGUAUCAAACCUGUAUACGUUUUUGAUGGUAAACCACCUACAAUGAAAGGUGGGGAGCUGGCUAAGCGUGCAGAGCGCAGGGAUGAGGCUCAGAAAGAACUUGUAAAAGCUGAAGAAGCAGGCAAUACAGAAGAUAUUGAGAAGUACAGCAGAAGACUGGUUAAGGUGACAAAGGAGCACGGGCUGGAGGUGCAGAGGCUGCUCGCGUUGAUGGGCAUCCCUUUCCUCACGGCGCCCUGUGAAGCCGAGGCUCAGUGUGCUGAACUUGCUAAAGCUGGCAAGGUUUUUGCUGUGGCGACUGAGGAUAUGGACGCCCUGACGUUUGGCACGCCUGUAUUGUUGCGACACCUCACCUUCAGUGAGGCCAGGAAGAUGCCAAUUAAAGAAAUCACCCUAGCCAAAGUGCUUGAUGAAGCUGGACUUUCUCAGGAUGAGUUCAUAGAUCUGUGCAUCCUAUUGGGUUGUGAUUACUGCGACAGCAUUCGAGGCAUUGGUCCCAAGCGAGCUAUUGAAUUAAUCCAGAAGAAUCGCUCCAUAGACAAGCUGCUGGAGUCUCUAGACACCAAAAAAUACUCGCCGCCCGCAGACUGGCCAUACAAUGACGCUAGAAGGUUGUUCAAGGAGCCUGAAGUUACAAGCGCGGCAGAGGUUGAGCUUAAAUGGAAUGAGCCCGACGAAGAGGCACUUGUGCAGUACAUGUGCGCAGAGAAAGGCUUCAAUGAGGAUCGCAUCCGUAAUGGCUGCAAGAAACUAUACAAGGCUCGCAAUACCGCAACCCAGGGCAGACUAGAUAGCUUCUUUAAAGUCUUAUCCUCUCCCGCAACUAAUGGCAACAAGAGGAAGGCACCUGAGAAGAAUGGACCUGCCAAUAAGAAAGCGAAAACGGGCGGCGGAAAGUUCAAACGAGGAAAAUAAAACAAACUAUGUGAAGAGGAGUAGAGAUUUAGUUAUAUUUAUGUCCUACGUAACGUUCUUCACUGCGUAAAUUACUCUCAAGUGACUUGCAUUCAGCCUUCGUCCCUGCUUAUUCAAUAUAACCUUAGCUGUGCUACCUGUGUGCAGUGCUUGUUUUCUAAAACUUUUAACUCUUUAUUUUGGCCACUCACCUUGUUUACUUGACAAAUUUUUGUCUUCGAGCAGCAAACUGCUUCCUUGCUUCUUUUUAAUCAUGAAAAGUUUAAAUGUAUUGCGAUCAACUCAAAUUUGCAGAUUUUUGUGUGUUCUUGAUUGCGCGCGUUUUCUCAUUUCUCCGUUAAGAGGUCUUUAGCUUCUUGAGCUGUUCACAUGUAAUCUCAUCAUCAAUCUCAUUAUUGUAGAUUCCAUAUCGUCUUCGUGGUUUCAUUAGCUCACAAUGUUUGACUUCAUUCUGUAUGCUUCCUGAAAUAUAUCUCAAUCUAUUUCCUGCUAUGAAAUUUCAACUUUUGACUUACUUAUUACCACUGUUUCAGUAUAAGGUAUAAAAUCGCUUAUUGUACCAGGAAAAUUCUUAGUUCAUUUAUAAUGUAUACGUUGAAUGUUUCUCUCACUCGUCUAAUAGCACGAACUGUGAUUUGA